AUGGCUGUACCUAUCCGCUGGCUCCCCUCAGCAGGUGCAUGGUCUGCAUCUAAGAGCUGCGUACCUCUCUUCGCGGGAAGCAGUGGGACGCUGAGGCCAAAAUGCCACGGACCACGGCAGCCAUAUCGAAGCACCGUUGCGAGAUUUGCAAGCACCACAUCGCCGAUCACGGUCAAGAAGAUUGCAGGCGCCUGCGGUGCAGAGGUCUCGGGCGUCGACCUGGCUAAGGACCUCGCAGACCCGGGCAUCGUCAAGGAAAUCCGAAACGCCCUCCUCGACCACUCGGUUAUAUUUUUCCGCGGCCAGGGUCACCUGACGCAAGCCGACUUUCUCGCGUUCAGCAAACACUUUGGGAAGCCCGUGCAAUAUCCCUUUGUCAGUGGCUUGCCCGAAUACCCGGAAAUCAUCCAGGUGCUCAAGCGCGAGCAUGAAACGUCCAACUUUGGCGGAGUGUGGCACGCCGACACCACCUACCUCGACCGGCCACCGAUGGGCACCAUCUUACUCGCCCGCGAACUACCCCCUUAUGGCGGCGACACCUGCUUCGCCAACCAAUACCUCGCGUACGAAACGCUCAGCGAGGGCCUGAAGAAGACGCUCAGCCCUCUCCGCGCCAUCAGCAGCUCCGCCAAAGCCGACGUGAGUAAAACACGCGAAGAUCGCAUCAAGGAAGACGCGGGGAGCAUGAAACAGACGGACUUUGAAGUCUCGCAUCCCGUGGUGCGCACGCACCCGGAGACGGGCCGCAAGAUCCUGUACGUGAACACGGCACACACCCUACGCUUUGACGGCUGGACCGAGGAGGAAAGCAAACCGUUGCUCGACUACCUGUUCACGCACCAGGUCAAGCUCGAAUUCACCUGUCGCUUUCGCUGGGAGCCCGGCUCCGUCGCCUUCUGGGACAACCGGUGCGUGCAGCAUAACCCGGUCAACGACUACCACGGAUAUAAACGGUUGAUGCAACGCAUCACCCUCGAGGGUGACGUGCCCAAGUAA